CCCGGCUCACAGGGCUGUGUGCUCGCUGGAACGCGCCCCCUUCCCGGCACUAAGGAAACUGCAGUUUUCUACGCCUGCUCGUCCUCCUCUUUCUCCUAUUACAUCCAACAGACGAUUUCAACUUCCCGAGACCCUGACAAGUGAAUGGCGCUGAUGACGCCCCGGAAAGAGCCCACGACCCGGUGCGAGGGAAGGGCGCCCCUGAGCGGGUGGGACCCCGGGAGCACCCCGGCUCUCCUUCCAGGAAGGGGCACGAAACUGCUAUGGAUCCAGAGCUCACUGGUGCUAACGUGAUGCUCGUAAACAAGCCGCGGGCCGGGCACCCGGGAACCACCCAGGAGCAAACCCGCCCAGCCGGGCGGGCGAGCGUCCACCCCAAGCCGGGGCGCCGGAUCCGCAAGCCAAAUUCAGUCACUCGGUGCGCGAUGUGUUACUCACUGUGCGGCGGGGACCGCGACGAGCCCGGGUCGCCGUUGGCAGCACCAGCAGCAGCAGCCCCGGCGGCGGCGGCGCGGACCCCGAGUACCGGGGCACACCCCGGCACCCCGGAGCGCGGCGCGGCGGCGGGACCCGUGCGGCCGGGCGCGCCUUAGGCUCGGCCCCGAGGCUCGGGGACC